UCGCGAUCAAUCAAUCUUUCAAUCCUCCAAUCAAUCAAAAUGGGUUCCACGCAGCCAACCUUCACCAACCCCGCCACCACCUCCCUCCUCGAGCUGGUCAAGGCCCGCCGCACCCACUAUGCCCUCACCGGCGAGAGCCCCAUCUCCGACGACGCCAUCGAGCAUAUCGUCCAGUCCGCCGUCCUGCACGUCCCCAGCUCUUACAACACCCAGACCUCCCGCGUCGUCCUGCUGCUCAAGGAGGAGCACCGCAAGGUCUGGGACAUCGCCAUCGCCGCCAUGGAGGGCCUCGUCGCCGCCGGCGCCGUCCCCAAGGAGAUGUUCGAGACCAGCACCAAGCCCAAGCUGAACGCCUUCCGCGCCGCCUACGGCACCGUCCUCUUCUUCGUCGACUAUGAUUCCCUCGCCGCCAUCAAGGAGAAGUUCGCCAUCUACGCCGACAAAUUCAACCCCUUCGCCCUCGAGUCCAACGCCAUGUCCCAGUACCUCGUCUGGACCGCGCUGCAGUCCGAGGGCCUCGGGGCCAACCUCCAGCACUACAGCCCCCUCAUCGACGAGCAGGUCCAGAAGCAGUGGAACCUCCCGGCCUCCUGGAAACUCGACGCUCAGCUGGUGUUCGGUACCCCUUCCGCUGCGCCGGGGGAGAAGGCCUUCGCGCCCCUCGAGGACCGCUUCAAGGUGUUUGGUAAAUAGACUGCUCACAAAUGGAGUGAAAGAG